GGGGGGGAGGACUUCCUUUUUAGAGAUUAGUCAGGGCCAGAUUCUGCCACUCUUUACAUGGAGUGCCAUGGGAGCAUAAACUAGACUUCUCUAGUGCAGAAUACUGUGCUCCAGUCCCUCCCACAGGUUCCAGUCUGUGCAGCAGGAUCCACCCAACUUCCAUAGCCAAAUGCUAUUGGCCUGUGGUGCACAAGCCACACCCACACACCCUCUUAAUAUGUCCCAUGUCAGGUUCCAGAGUUGCUUCCUGGUCUUCGCAUGGGUAAAGUCCAACAGCUUUCUUUGUAGCAAUUCUCUACAGCAAAUAAUUGUUCCACCAGGAUGGCCUGGUGGGUGCUCCUGGGUAUCUGUGUAGCUGUGCCUGGGCAGCAGGCAGUGGCAAGCACCUUCCCACCACCCUGUGACAGUGAGAUCUACUGCACCGGGGAGCUGCUGAGGCAGGUCCAGCAAGCCAAGCUCUUUACAGAUGACAAGUUCUUUGUGGACAUGCCGCUGAAGGAAAGCCCAGAGGUGGUUCUGGAGAGAUUCCAGAGGUUGGUGAACGAGACGCCUGGCAGGGACUUGUCCCAAGAGCAGCUGAAAGUAUUUGUAGAUGAAAAUUUUUCCCCACGAGGGCAGGAGCUUGAGAACUGGGAACCUCCAGACUGGACAGACAGCCCCCCACUUCUUCAGGGGAUUGCGGAUGAGAAGCUGCAGUCUUGGGCCCGGGAUCUGAAUGCCAUAUGGAGGCAGCUGGGCAGGCAGAUGAAACCCGAAGUCAAAACUAGCCCUGACCGUCACUCCCUGAUCUACGUGCCAAACCCACUGAUAGUGCCUGGUGGGAGAUUCAUUGAAUAUUACUACUGGGAUUCCUUCUGGGUCAUUGAAGGGCUGCUGCUCUCCAAUAUGACGGCCACAGCCAGAGGCAUGAUUGAGAAUUUCCUCUACCUUGUGGACAAAUUGGGCCACAUCCCAAAUGGGGGAAGGGUCUACUAUGAACGCCGAAGUCAGCCCCCCUUCCUCACCCUGAUGGUGGAGAGUUACUGGAAGCACACAAACGACACCGACUUUUUGAGGCACAAUCUUCAUCUCCUUGAGGCUGAGUACCAGUUUUGGCAAGAUCAUCGGGCUGUCAAUGUCUCCUUUGGGGGCAAGGAAUACACCUUGAACCGUUACAAUGUCCAAGUUGGGGGGCCCAGACCAGAGUCCUACAUGAAGGAUGUGGAAACUGCUGCUGGCUUAGAUGAAGGAGCCCAGGAAAUUCUCUGGGCUGAGCUGAAGAGUGCAGCUGAGUCAGGCUGGGAUUUCUCCUCUCGUUGGUUCCCCCUGGAGUCAUCCCUGCUGAAAGACACCAAAACCAGCACCAUCGUGCCGGUGGACUUGAACGCCAUCCUUUGCAGGGUGGAACAGCUUCUGGCCACAUUCUAUGGGGUUCUGGGGAACGACGUGAAGGCCAACUUGUUCCAGGCUGCUCACAAGCGACGGGCGGAUGCCGUCCGUGCUGUCCUCUGGAGCAACAGUACUGGAGCCUGGCUGGACUACAACCUACUACAGCAGAGGCACAAUGAGGCUUUCUAUCCAACCAACCUCAUGCCCCUGUGGAUGGAAUGUGGGGUGGAUGUGGCCGCUUCUGAGAAAGCCCUUCGCUACCUGGAGGCGAGUCGAGCGCUCUCCUAUCCCCACGGAGUGCCCACCUCUCUGGUACGAACACAGCAGCAGUGGGACCUGCCAAAUGCCUGGGCCCCUCUCCAGGAUGUGGUGAUCUCAGGUCUGGCCAAGUCCUCGUUGCCUCAAGCACAAGAUCUGGCCUUCACUUUGGCACAGCGCUGGAUCAACACGAAUCUGGCUGUCUACAAGAAAUACCACUACAUGUAUGAGAAGUAUGAUGUCGAAGGCGAUGGGAAACCCGGUGGUGGGGGAGAGUAUCAAGUACAGGAGGGGUUUGGUUGGACCAAUGGAUUGGCCCUGCGUCUCCUGCAUCUCUAUGGCAACCGCCUCACCUCUGCAGGCACAUUGCUCUUCGCUCCUGGCUCUGCGUUGGGGCCUGCCUUGUUCUGUCCUUGAUCUAGGAGUGGCUGCUGCUGGUGGUGAUGGCCAGAAUGUUGCUCCAUCACCAAAAGUGGCUGUCCUUUUGGUGUCUGUGUGGAUGGGCUGGUGCUCUGCAUGGCUGGGGCCAGAGAAUAAAGCCAACUUGCUUGCUUCUCCUCUGCAUCUCUCUACAUGUGAUAACCUGCCCUGACCACCACAUUCCACUUGUGCAAAGCCUACAGGAAGUGAGGCAGUGUUGUGCAGUGGUUAGUGUUCGACUAGGACCAGGGAGACCAGAGUUCAAAUCCCCACCUGGCUGUGACACUCAUGGGGUGUCCUUGGGCCAGCCACUGCUUCUCAACCUAACCUCCCUCACAGGGUUGUUGUGGGGACUGAAUGAGGAGGAAGACCAUGUACACCACCUUGAGUUCAUUGGAGAAAAAUCGAGAAUAGAAAUGCAAUAAUAGCUAAAUCAGUGCCUUGGCAGAUCAGGUCACUCAGCGUCCUCCUCCUCCUCCUCCUUCUGGAUGUUGCUUCUCACAAAUAUCCAUUAGAGGUUUCUGUCUCAGCAAGUGGUAUAUUGCUUCUGAAAAGAGUGACUUGACCUAGGGAUGGUGCCUUGUAAUCACUCCCAUAUCUUGAGGAAAAGAGGCAGGAGCCAAGGAAGGCUAACUGGAGCAUGUCUGCCUGGUCCUAGCAGAAGCUUUGACACUGCACUGCCUUUAAGCAGCUACAAUACUGUGUACAUCUCCGAUUUCUCCCUUAAAAUAAAGAAUACUGUAGAGCACGAAAAAGUUUGGACGAGAACAACCAGAAUCACCAGGGGACUGCUGCAAACAUUUUUAGCAUAGGGGGGGGGGUUAAGGAGCACAGGAUUGGGGUAUUAAAUUUAUGUUGGGUUAUGGAAAAGGGGGAGAGGAAGACUUUCUUGUAAUACUGGGACUUGGGGGCCACCCAACAAAGCAGAUUGUUGGAAGAUUCAAUUCAGACAAAAGGAAGGAUUUCGUCAAACAGGGCCUAGUUAAACUAUGGCAUUCAUAGUAUCGUAAGGGACCCUGACGACCAUCUAGUCCAACCCCUUGUGAUGCAGGAAGUGCUUGAUGGCACUUACUGGUAUUGCCUCUGGCAGAAGCACCAGGCCUCAACGUAGCAGCCACUGUCCUGCCUGAGACUGUGCCUUUGCAACUGUGAGACCUUUGCUCUGCGCCCAAGAAAGGCUGCUCAGAGGUUUCUGUGGAACUAGUGCCUGCCCUCGGUGCGAUUCUGGCCAGCAUACCUCAUAUUUGUUUAAACGCAGGCAAACUUCGAACUUGUUCCUAAUAAUGCCCAAAUCUAUGCUGGGCAUGGCUAUGGCAACCAAGAUGGGAGAGAGCUUGGCUUCCAGGACAGACCCCCCCCCCGCCCAGUGGACAGAUGCAAACCUGCCACCCUUUAAGAACACUACAUGAUGCGCACUGUGGGUGAAGUUGGGGGGGGAUGCUGCUGUUACCUCCUGGCGGUCCCCUUUACAUGGAGGAAAAGAAGCAAAUGUUCAGGCUCUAGUUACAUAAAAGGUUUUAUUGUCCUUCCCCCCCCCCCUCCACAGCAGCAACCUCAAUAGCCCUGAGGCACAGAAAAAGAGCUGCUAUAGUUUUUGUUUUGUUUUGUUUUAAAGCAAGGUAUAAAAGUGACCACCGAGGCAAAAGAAAAGAAACCCACCUCUUCUGGCCGAGGGUAGGAUGGGAAGAGGACCAGGCUGAGCUGGAGCCCACCUUUGCCUGGCAGUGGGGAAGGUGGGGGGGAGAGAGGUCUGCCUGCUCCUAGUCCCCUACCCUGACCCUUGGACUAGGCAAAGCCAGGGAGAACAGGUAUCAGAUUCUACUCUCUCCCCCAACAAGGCACAUGGUGGUAGGUGAAGCCCACCCUCCCCUGUGGUUUAUA